UUCAUGCUACAGAAACCGGGAUAAGCUCCGGCCUGAUGGGCCACUUGGCUGACAUGCAGACUAUUCUACAAUCUGCGGGGUAGCAAAAUCUAUUUGAGAUGACAAUUGUGUAACUUCGCUUCGUUUAAAGUAUUCACUUGUUAAUGAAGACCCGUGCUGACUUGUCGACAGGUUGACCACCAGUGAGCUGGUUACGCUUCAGUUUGGCUCAACAUCGACUUCCGUUCGCUGUCAGAUGGGUGAUUUUGGAUGUGGAGAUGGGGGAUGGACGCCGGUCAUGAAGAUGGACGGCAACAAGACGACGUUUCAUUAUGACUCGGGGCACUGGAACGAUACAAACGAUUACAACCUUCCUGGAGGAGAGACUGGGUUUGAUUCGCAAGAGACAAAGUUACCAAGCUACUGGAACACACCCUUCUCCAAGAUUUGUCUUGGUAUGAAGAUCAACCAACAGGUCAAGUUCAUUGUCAUCAAGAAGAACGCCAACUCUCUGUAUUCGCUGAUUGCUGAUGGGAGCUAUCGCACAACUUCUUUAGGUCGCGACACGUGGAAGGCGCUGCUUGGCUCACAAGCCUCCUUGCAGACCGAUUGUAACAGGGAAGGGUUUAACACCAUCUGUGGCCACUCCGGGGACCCGGCUAGAGCAAGGAUUGGUAUUAAUGGUAACGACCAAAACGACUGCACAAGCUGCGAUUCUAGAAUCGGGUUUGGUACAGGAGGGUAUCCUGAUGACAGCAACACGUGUGGCAAUGAAGCAACAGCAUCCCCAGAUAAUGGCAUUAAAAGCAUCAAAUCUAUGGGAUAUAUCUUGGUGCAAUGAAAAGGGAUUGAAGAAAUCAGAUGCAGCUUGAUAUGUGGAUUAUUUCUGUGCCUAGCGUAUCGUAGUUGGACGAGCCUGAUAAAGUUAUAGGGCACAAAAUAUACUUAAAAAACUCACUUAAUACUAGUUAUUGUACGAACUACAGUCGAACCUCCCGCAAGCGACCACCCAAAAUGUCAAGUUUAGGCGGUCGCUUACGGGUGGUCGCUCACGAGAACUUAAGACCAUUGAGUCAACAUUUUGCCUCAUAAGCAUAUGGUAACUGCAGAGACUUACCCAUGUUUUAAAUGUUUCACUCAUGCGAAAAGUCAAUUUCGAGAAAAAAAUCCUGUACUUCCCAUAAAGAAAAUUCCGUCUCUUGUACAACAAAGGUUACAACACCUUAUUAUCCAAUUUACGCUCUAUUAUUUGUCAAGUGGUCGGUUAAGGAAGCUUAAAAACAAAAGAACAUUUCAAACUUUUAACUCUGAAAGUGGUCGCGGUCGCUUACGAGAGGUGGUC